GCUACGGUGUCAAAAUCAGCAAUAUAAACCAUCACUGACUGCGUUAAGAUAGGGCUGGAUUAAAACCCGUACGCAUAAUCUAACUACUACGCAUCGCGAACAGGGGUUUUUAUACCUGGCCCAUAACAAAUUAGCAGAUGAUAUGCUAUUACGUAGCUAGGAAUAGACGCGACUUCUGUAAUUGCCGUCUGUUCACCGACAUUUCAGCUUUCAUCUUCAACCAUCCUGUGUUCUUUCAUCCAUCAUGGAAGGACAUCAGCUUCCACAAUAUCAUCGAAACAAUCUAUCUCCCGCCAAAAUUGACAAAGAAUCGCUGCAGACGAUAUUCAGGGAGCUACAAGCCGCAAUUCGACAUGGAGUCGACCUCCUCCAAAACAAUGUCUCCCUACCAGACGACCCAAAGGAAUAUGGCAGCAUAUACAGUGGUACCGCAGGCGUCGCCCUCGCAUUCAUGAGGUUGCAUUACCAAGCCAAAUCUCUCGUUAUGGACGAUAGUGACCCCCCCAUGCCGGAUUUUCGCACCCUCGCUCGCGAAAGGGUUCUUCAAAAGGGACCGCCCAUCCGGUUAGAUGAUAAACGUUUCUCGCCUCUAGGCACCCGCAAGUUCAGUGCUAUAUAUGUGCGAUGUUUGGAAAAAUGCUUUUUCAAUCGCAGAGGCGCGGGUGUUCAUCUUCGUGCUAAUGAUAUCGGUGAUAUCGCUGCGGUGGAUAUGCAUGCCUCCCACGAUGCGAUCAGGUUUCCGCGGAAAUUCCGAGAUCCAGAUGAACCGGAACCCCCAGGGGAGGAGGUUUUGUAUGGGCGCGCGGGUUUACUAUGGGGGCUUGAGAAUCUGCAAGCACAUCCGUUUGAUGAUGAGAAUCAGUACUCUUUACGUUCGGUGUUCUCUCACACUCAGAGUCUGGUUGAUGUCAUUAUACAGAAUGGCAAGAUUGGCGCGGAGGAUGUUUGGGUAAAGAAGCAUGGUGAAAAAGGUCCAUUGCCGUUGACAUGGACGCGGGAUGAUGGACGAUGUAAUCUCGGCGCCAUCCACGGAGUCUGCGGAACAUUGACGAUCCUCCUACAAUGCAAACCGUGGGAAUUGGAAUAUGACGAAGAGGAGUCUCAUUAUCCGAUUAUAGCCGAUACAAUAACAGAACUAUGCAAAAUCUGCAUCUCCAACAACGGCCACUUACCAACAUCACUCCCUGUUCGUCCUUCGAAUCGUGCCUCACCACUGGUCCAGAUCUGCCAUGGCGUCCCUGGUCUCAUGCUUCUUCUCGCGACAGCUAAACAGUUCAUUUCCGAGUAUGAAAAGCCAGAAUGGGACGAAGCCCUUCGGCUGGGCACCGACCGGGUCUGGGAAGAAGGCCUGCUAUCCAAAGGCGGUGGUGUUUGUCACGGACAUGCUGGUAAUGCAUGGCCGCUUCUCUUACUCCAUGUUGUCUACGAAUACAGCAACAAAAAUGCGGGUCAACACUCAAAGUCUGAAGCUGAAUCCAGUGCGGAACGUGGUGGCCGUGUUUCCCGCAGCGCCAGCAGAAAGCAGAACACUACUGGCGACUCCUAUCUUGCCAAGGCUCUGGCAAUGUUAUUGUACGCGCGGAAGACGCAACCAUUCAGCAACAGUGCUGAGGUGCGGCGCAACUUCCGCAUGCCUGAUCGUCCCUAUAGCCUCUUUGAAGGCCUAGCGGGGACUGUGUGCGCUUGGGCGGAUGCCUGCGCUAUAAUCCGGAUGCGUUUGCGGAAGAUGGAACUUGCGGAGCAGCUUGGACGUUCGUUGACUCCAGAGGACUUGAAGACCGAUGAAGCCUUCAGGGAGCAUUCACAGUGUUUUCUGGGAAUGGUAGGGUUCGGAGGAUUAGGCCUUACGGGAGGUCUCUGAGUAGAUGGCAGGCAAGCUGAUCUUUUUUUAUUGAGUUUUCAAUUUCUCUCUGAUCGGUUACACUGCAGAUAGUAGUCUUUCUCUCAAGUAACUCUACGACUUUGAUACGAAAUAGGAAUAGCAGGUUAUUUUUUUUGCUGUCUUUUGAGGAAGAAUGAGAUCGUUGACAUGUAAUGGGAUAUUUGUUUCAAGAUAACUCGAAAACUAAA